AUGACACUUGAUCAACAUCGAUUAGAUUUUCUUGCGAAUAACAUCAAACAAUACGAGGCUGAAUUGGACGGUUUGAAAAGCUUAAAGGCAGAUUUGAACGCACAACGAAAUGAAAAACAAAAAGAACACGAACGAUUUGUUCAAUCAAUGAGAGUUCCAACAAUAAAUGAAAUACGGGCAAUCGAUUGGAGUACAGAAGUAGAUAAUCGUCGUAUCGAAAGUGGAAUUUUCGAGUUGAAAGCGGAAGAUAAUCAAUUAAAUGUAAGAAAAGGAACAUUACAAAGAUUAAUUCAAAUCAUUUCGAGUAAAAACAAUAACCUGGCAAAAGCCGCGCAAGAUAACGAGCAGGAAUUCAUCAAACUUCAAAACGAAAUUCAGAGUCUUGAAAACAAGCUCGAAUCAAUGGAUGUUAUCAUUCAAUCUGCUGAGAACAAUAUCGAAGCCGAAAGAGAUAAUCAAGCAGAAUUGGAAAGACGUCAACAAACUGAAACAAUGGAACUUAUUUUCGAUCAUGAUGAACUUUUAAGUGCCGAAUUGACUGAAUAUCAACUUAGAAAACAGAUC